UCCUACGUUUUUUACAUUUACUAGUAUUAUUAUUUCUUCAAGGGUCCGUAGAUCUACGCGAUAAGUGAUAAGUGGUAACUCUGCGCAAAUAUAUUUAUUUUUUCAAUAUUUUAUCUCAAAGAUACUCGAAUCUUUGUACAUUCGACAUGGUGAAUGUAUAGAAAAAUCUCCCUAAAAAGUUAUGUAGGUCAUCACUUGAAUCCGUAAAAUGUCAUAGUACGAUGAUCUCCGCGAGUAUUGUGGGAAUGUAGGGUGAGUAGGAACGCGGAGUGCACACUGCGCAUGCUCCGUGCAGCCUCCCUCGCGACCGCCGCCGGCAUCCCAGCAUCUCCGGACUCCGAGCCACGACACACAAAACGUGCGCCCCGCACGACCUGCGAUGUGCUCCACAUAAUAUACACUUUACAUCCGAAUAUUUCAUAUCGAUCUACAUAUCAACAUGAAUAUCAUAAUAAAGAGCUAUAAAAUGUGUGAUUAGAGACGGAUUUCAAGAAGAACGAUCUAUCAAAAUGUAGUUUAAAACGCUACUAGAAUGUCUUCAUCGACCAAACAUUACUUUGGGCGCAAUAGUUUUGUACUCCUACGAUUUAGAUGUUUAUUUUUGAUCCCAAUUAUACUGGUAGUCACCUCUUUGAUAUUUUUAAUGAGCAACGGAUCUAAUAUAUUUUUGAUGAACGACAAUGUGAUCGGCUACCCUUGGAAAAUUCAUCAGCAAGGACGCAAGGACGGCUCGGACGACGUUUACACGAUCAAAACCGAGGGGUGUACGAUACCCGGUCUCAAGCCUUUCGAUACGAGCGUCAAAAAAUUUAUUGCGAAGCCUAAAAAUAUCAAACCAUGCGACAACGCAAAAUCCGCCUUGCUGGAGUACAAUAGCACAAACAUUUGGAUUGCGAGGGAACACUUGGCUUAUCAUCAACUAUCGGAUAGUGUAAACAUUUCCUGCUGCUACAAAGCGUUCUACCGACCCUUAUCGGUUCCCGACAUGAUGCUCGAGGUCGACGAUAGAGUGGAAUACCAUCCGUGCAUUUAUUUUUAUGAUACGAUAGAAGUCAAAGAUGAAUUCGUGAGAGUGACCUGUUACUACAACGAAAAACUUGUUUACGAACAAUUCUUCCCCUUCACCCCCAAGAAAUCUUAUAAAUAUGAGCUCACGAAGGUUCGACCGGAAACUUCGUACAACGUUAUUAUUUUAGGCGUCGAUGCUAUUUCUAGAUUAAAUUUUUACAGAACUAUGCCUAAAACUUUGGCCUACUUGAAAAGGAAAGGUGCUAUCGAAUUAAAAGGUUACAAUAAAGUCGGUGACAAUACGUUCCCCAACCUCAUACCGAUGCUGCUCGGUAUAAAAGAGACUGACCUGAGAAAGACCUGCUGGCCCAACGACAGAGUCACCUUCGACAAGUGUCCCUUUAUUUGGGACUUGUACAGAAAUGCUGGAUUUCUCACCGCAUUCGGCGAGGAUACCGCCAGCUUGGGAACCUUCAAUUUCGAGAAAUUGGGUUUCGGGAGGACUCCCACAGAUUAUUAUUUACACACUUUCGUCCGCGAAGCCGAAACCCAUUCGGGUAAUAAUAGAGACUUCAAUUCGUAUAUUUGUAUGGGCAAUAAAUAUUUUUACAUAGUCUUGUUGGACUAUAUACAAAGUUUGAUCUCAUCCAUGGGAACGUCCAGGCUCUUCGGCUUCUUCUGGGAGGUAACUAUGAGUCACGACUACUUAAACUACCCCCUGGCGAUGGACGACACAUUCGAGGCGUUCUUCGAGAACUUAGAUUCGUCGAACGUUUUGAAUAGCACAAUAUUCUUCCUGCUGAGCGAUCACGGCAUGAGAUGGGGUGACAUUCGCUUCACGAAGCAGGGGAGACUGGAGGAGCGCCUGCCCCUAAACUAUGUUCUCCUGCCGCCGUCCUUUCGGGAAAAGUUUUCGCUGGCCUACCGAAACAUAAACCUCAACAGCAUCCGCCUCACGACACCCUUCGACGUCUACGCCACUCUUCUGGACUUAGUGAACCCCCGGCGAAUAAGCGACAAAAGUAUAAAGAUGCGAUCCGAGGAUUUCACCCCCACCGUGGGCAUGAGCCUGUUCCUCCCCAUUCCCGGUAACCGCACCUGCCGGGCCGCCGCGAUAGACGAGCACUGGUGCACGUGCCACAGGGGGAUGAAGGUGGCCGCCACGAGCGCGGAGGCCCUCAACUCGGCGGGCUAUCUCAUAUGGCACCUGAACGAUCUGCUCAAGCGGCACCGGCGGUGCGCCCGGCUGGCGCUGGAGGGGAUCCUGGAGGUGACGGAGAUGGUGGCAGGGGAGCCGGCCGAGGGGGAGGAGGGGUGGCGCGAGUUCCUCACGGUGGUGCGGACGACGCCCGGGGGCGCGGUGUUCGAGGCGACGCUGCGGCACGGCGGGGGCGGCGGGGGUGGCGGGGGCGGCGGGGGCGGCUGGGCGGUGGCGGGCACCGUGAGCCGGCUCAACCUGUACGGCGCGCAGAGUCGCUGCGUGCACGACUACCGGGUUAAGCUGUACUGCUUCUGCCUGUGAUCGUGCCCGCCGCGUCUCGACUAUAUCUGUGAUACUAUAUGUAUGAGAAUUGGCAAUUUUUUAUGUGAAAUAUUUUAUUUUUACGUUAUAAUAUACUCGAUGGAGGCCUAAUCACUAGUUGAAAUAGCACAGAGAAACUUUCAGAUUUUAAAUCAGUAAAUAUUUAACUAAUUAUCACUAGGUAGUAGGUAGUAUAUGCAGGAAUGUAUGCAUAUCUUUUACAAUAUUACAUAAUAAGUAUAAUAUUUUGUUUCAUAUCAUUUACAUUUUAGGUAAGUACGUAUAAGAAGUGUAGUGUAGUGAACUAUAAGUUUGUUUUGUAUUUGACUGCUUAUAAAUGCAUAACAUUUGAAUCGUUUUUGAUUUGAUAUGUUGUAUGUGAUUAUUUAUUGGGUAUGUUAUAAUGUUGAUACUCCUAUUAUCAACAGCCGUAUUUUGUAGCAAAAUCGUCAGAGCUACUUGCAGAAUCUACGUCAAUAUUUUUAUAAUUUCUAUCAAUAAAGUAGAUAUUCAUACGAACUUUACAUGACAAUACAUAAUACCUAUAUAUAGAGUUGAAAUCUUUAACCCAACCAACUAAUAAUUGAUUUCAUUUUAUUGCCUAUGGUCCACGUUAACUUUCAGCAACUUAGCGACACAUUUCAAUAAACGAUUAGGUAAUGUAAAGAAAUAAUUUUAUUUUACAUUUCAAUUAAAAUAAUAUUAUACAGUAUCAACAGGACCUUGUAGCCGUAGCCCGUAGCGCGUAGCCCGUAGCGCGUAGCUCGUAGCGCGUAUAGGCGCUACGGCAAUUUACCGUCCUAUUCCGAGUUACAUAAUAUUAGU